AUGGUGACGGCCACUACGACUCACGCAACCCAAGCUGCUCCUGCCAAUCAGGCUGGUCCUGCUAACCAGACGGAGGAGGAGUCCCACUCAUUGGUGGCAACGGCAAAAGCGACUCAAAUAACGGACGAGCUGGGCGAUGAAUUCUCGUGGAAGAGCCUGGCAGCCGAAUCUGAAACUCCAGAGAACCAGGCAUCCAAGCAACCGAAAGUCAUGCUCUACCGAGACACAGCAGUCCAAACCGACUUGACCGAUCCGCUCAUUGAGUUCCAUGCCAGAGAAGACCAAUACGUGAAGGCCGCUGCGACUCACAAUCUUAGUACAACAGCUACGACCUCCUUACUCUGA